UUUCGAUAUUUCUUAAUAAAGAAUAUUAUUCUCUUUUGAAUGUUGAAAACCGCAGAUCUCUAGCUGCUUCCUAUCCGGAGCUAUUCAACUUACAACCGGCGCCAUUGUACAUUGAAAUGGAUAGUAGCCGACAUAGUAAAACUUUAUAUGGCAAUUUCAGUUACAAGUGUAACAAAUGAAGCAGCUUUUUCGAGGGUUUGCCGUUCAUUAGCUCCAAAAACAAUAAAAUAUUUAAUGUUUUUAAAAGUCAUAUUUUACGUUGCAUUUUUUAAUGUCGUGUCCCAUCUAGGCCUGGAAACGUUCACUGUUCCUUUGUUUAGCGUUUUCGUUAAACGUGAACGCGAGCUUUAUUUUAACGUUAAAUUCUACCGUUCUAUACAAUAAAAUAACGCUUUUUUCAAAAAACGUUGUAACUCUUUUUAAUAUGCAUGCAGUUAAGACGACGAAUGUUCGAAUCGUACGUUUACUUCAGACAAUACGAACACCAUUAGUGUAAAAUAAAAUUCGCAUUCACCUUCAACGAAAACGCUAAAAAGGAACAGUGAACGUUUCCAGGCCUAGAUAAGGCAGUGGAACACGACAUCAAAAAAUACAACGUUAAAAAUUGACUUUUAAAAACAUCGAAUAUUCCAUUGUUUUGGGGGCUAAUGAACAGCAAUUUUUUCGUUGAAUAUAACUGGCAAUUGAAAAAGCUGCUUCAGUUAUUACGCUUGUAACUGAAAUUGCCAUAUAAAGUCUUACUAUGUGAGCUAGUUGUAGUAUAACAUCAUAAAUAAAGGUCGCAUUCACUGGAACGCCAACGUGUUCUAGCGUUCAUGUUCAAGGAGCGAAACGUGAACUUUAACAAGUCUAUAUGAAAUAGCAAAAUUGUGGCGUUUUUUCUAUUUUUAAAAAUGUUAAUGUGUAUUUAGGUAAAGGCAGCGAAACUCAUUCAAAAGCAAAGCAGUGGUUAUAUGUAUAUCCUGAAGAUAGUCACGAAUUAUUAAAAUUAUUGACAACAUUUAUUACUGAAUAUUUAAUUGAACAAGUUGUAGCCGGUGCCCAAUUACUACAAAUAUUUGAAUCUCACUGUUCAUGUUUAAAUUAUGAUUUAUUCAUGAAAUAUUGUUUCCCCUAUUUAAAACAAAUAUCUCGUGGUGUCAAAGACGGUCUUGCUAAACGUCAAUGUCCGUGUGUACCACUCAUCAUCUUUGCAAAAGAUGCUCAUUAUGUACUCGAUGAAUUAACGCAAAUUGGAUAUGAUGUAGUUGGUUUAGAUUGGACAAUUAAUCAUAAACAAAUUCGUUCAUUAAGUGAAAAAUCAUCGGUAACAUUGCAAGGUAAUUUAGAUCCGUGUGCAUUAUACGCACCGAAACAAGACCUAGAAAAAUUAGUUAAACAUAUGUUAGAACAAUUUGGAACAAAACGAUAUAUUGCCAAUUUGGGUCACGGUAUAUAUCCGGAUGUAUCAAUUGAGAAUGUGCAAUUAUUCAUCGAAACAGUACAUCGAUUAUCAAAACAAAUGAUUAAUAAAUCUCAAUGA